UUGGAGGUCACCUUGAGGUUACUGUCAAAGCGGUGAUAAAGCGGCAAUGAUUAAAAUUAUAUUUAUUUUGAUACAGUAAGACGUGAGACGAGGUUCAACUGGAGAGAAAUUACCUACGUUUAUUGAUAACCCAGCACGCUAGUUUCCCUCUUUAAUGAUUUGCCAUUAAGAGGCAGAUGGCAGUGGAGAGUCGCGAGGCGGAGGGGGGGUCGGCGCCCGAGGCCAGCGGCGAGGGGGCGGGGGAGGGGCAGGUCGUCCGUGCGAUCACGCUCAAUCACGGAGAACAUCAAGACGCUACUCUCUAUAGGUUUGAAAAAGGAUGCCGUUUACAAUUCAGCCCCGGGCCGAGCAUGCUCGGUCGGAAGGUGUUCCUCUACACAAAUUAUGUCGUCUCAGAAAAUUCGGAAGACAAGAGCGAGCCAGCGUUCGUACGCAACCAGUACUAUGCUCUCGAGUGGAGGAAGGACGAGGAUUCGGAGUCUCUCGGUACCGGCCUCCUGGUCACUGACACGGAGUUCUACUGCGAGCUGAAACUGGCUAAGGCUGGCUCAUUCCACUACUACUUCGUUUACGACAGCCCCGAGUCCCGGGUGGGUCCUCAAGGCUCGGGCUGGUUCCACGUGGCUCCGAGCCUCUCCGCGGGGGGAGUUCAGGUUCCGCUGGACGGCGUCAUGUGUCAGACGGUGCUGGCCAAAAGUUUGGGACCCCUGCCACGGUGGAUGAAAACCCUGAGAGUGGCUCACGAAGCUGGUUUCAACAUGAUACACUUCACUCCCGUUCAGGAGCUGGGCGCGUCUAAUUCAAGCUACAGCCUGGCGAACCAGCUCAAGCUGAACCCUCGCUUCAACGACAUCAAUUCUGGCAGGGAUGCCACCUUCGCUGACGUGGAAAAUAUCAUCGCCAAAAUGCGCAACGAUUGGAAGAUGCUGUCGAUAUGUGACGUCGUGUUGAACCACACGGCCAAUGAGAGUGAAUGGCUGACGUCACAUCCGGAAGCCACUUAUAAUUGCAUCACAUGUCCCCACCUGAGGCCCGCCGCCCUCCUCGAUGCUGUACUGGCCAAGUUGGGGGAAGACAUCGCAUCGGGACGGGAAACUCGCCUGCCUACUAAGAUUAACACACAUCAACAAAUUGAGGUGAUCCGCGACAUCCUGUUGAACGAGCGUCUCCCGGAAGCGAAGCUGCACGAGAUGUAUAUCUGUAACGUGGACGAGACGGUCGAGAGGUUCUACCACAUGGCGAGGAACAAAGUGCCGCCGGUGAGAAGCGGCGCAGACGGGUCAUCGGAGCUUCGUCUCAUCACAGAUCCUCAGAGGCGGAGAAGAGCCGCCCUCGUAGACCUGGACCGAGCGCUCCAGGUGUACAACGUGUACAGGGCCGACUGCUACGACGAGGAUGCUCGUGUGAAGCGUUGCUGUGAGGAGUUCCGCGUGAAGCUGGAACAGUUGAACGAGGCCGCCAUACACACCGUCAACGAUCACCUGAGAGCCGCUGUGCAGAACUGUGUAGCGGGGAUGAGUUACUUCCGUCUUCAGUCAGACGGCCCUAAGAUAGAGGAAGUCAGCGAGAAAAAUCCUCUCGUACCAAGAUAUUUCACGUUCCCUGGUCCGCUGGGUGGUGUCGCGGACAUGGAAGGCGUGAUAUACGGCGAGGCGGGCCGCCUGGUGAUGGCGCACAACGGCUGGGUCAUGAACUCCGACCCGCUGCAGGACUUCGCUGACAAGGAACACGACGGACGGGUUUACUUCAGGAGGGAACUCAUCGCUUGGGGAGACAGUGUCAAACUCAGGUACGGCGAGAAGCCGGAAGACAGUCCAUUCCUGUGGCGCCACAUGCGGCAGUACGUAGAACUAACAGCCGAGGUCUUCGAUGGAGUCAGACUGGACAACUGUCACUCAACGCCAUUACAUGUCGCGGAGUACAUGCUGGACUGUGCUCGGAACGUCAAACCCGACUUGUAUGUAGCGGCGGAGCUGUUCACCAACUCCGACCAUGUCGACAACAUAUUUGUCAAUAGACUUGGUAUAACGUCGCUGAUACGAGAAGCCCUAUCAGCAUGGGACUCCCACGAGCAGGGUCGACUGGUCCAUCGUUUCGGAGGUCGCGCCGUGGGGUCGUUUUUCACCCCUCAAGUGACCCGCGCCCAGCCUCAAGUGGCCCACGCUUUGUUCCUUGACCUCACACACGACAACCCAUCGCCGAUCGAUAAGAGGAGCGUGUUCGAUCUACUCCCGUCCGCGGCGCUGGUGUCGAUGGCCAGCUGCGCGAUCGGUUCCACUAGAGGAUACGACGAGCUCGUGCCCCACCAUAUCCACGUGGUGGACGAGGCUCGUUUGUACGCGGAGUGGGAGGAGGGGGAGGGGGAGGGGGUGAACGCGUCCACCGGCCUUAUAGCAGCUAGGCGGGCGCUCAACGAUCUACAUUUACAUCUAGCAGCCUCCGGAUACUCGGAGGUGUACGUCGAUCAAAUGGAUGCUGACGUGGUGGCUGUGACGAGACACGAGCCACAUUCGAGAAAGUCUGUUAUUUUGGUCGCCUUCACCGCCUUCAAAGCCCCCGACGAGUCUUCCACCGGCCGCUACGUGAAGCCGUUACGGUUCGAGGGACAACUGGAGGAAAUUAUUUUGGAGGCGGUGCUGAGACACAAGGACCACAGAAGCACGGGUCGCCCGUUCCAGACGUGCGGAGGGUUCUCUCGUCACCCGCAGCACAUCAACGGUCUCAGCGACUACGAGGCCAGCGUCCGCUGCGGCGUUCCGUUGGCGCAGUCCAACGUGUUUGUUAGUGAACGCCGUGACGGUCCCUAUACUGUGCUGGAGUUCGGCGUGCUACCCCCCGGGACGGUGGUCGCGGUGCGUGUGGCCCCACAUUCCUCGCAAGCGGGGGCGCUGGCGGCUCUCAGACGAGUGACCUGCCAGCAUCCAGCGACAGAUCCCCUGGGUCUGUCGCCGGCACUCACUGACCUCGAUCUAGGAGAUUUCAACGCGCUGCUAUAUUGCUGUGACGCGGAGGAACGUGAGCGCUGUGGGGGCGGAGUGUACGACGUGCCCGGUCACGGUCCGCUCGUAUACGCUGGGCUGCAGGGCGUGGCUUCACUGCUGGAGGAAGUCGCCCCACGUGACGACCUCGGACACGCGCUAUGUGACAACCUCCGCGCUGGCGACUGGCUGCUCGACUACCAAUGGCGGCGCUUAGAGUCUGACCCGCGACUGGCCGCCCUGGCGACGAUCUAUAGAGAAGCGUUGAGGCCGGUCGGUGAUUUACCGCGUUUUCUGGUGCCGGCCUACUUCGAGGUCACUGUCCGUUGUAUGAUAGCUGCCGUGAAGCGCGCGGCCCUGGCUCGUCUGGGAGGCGUCGCGUUGAGUUCGGGAGUCGCUCGUGAGUUGUCACUGACGGGGGUCCAGCUGGCCGGUGCGGUGUCGUCCGCUCGUUUGCCGGCCAUGUCUCCCUCCCUGCCGAUGCUCCGCCCGGCUCGUCCUUUGUCCCUGUCGGCCGGUCUGCCUCACUUUGCCGUGGGCUACAUGAGAUGCUGGGGUCGAGACACCUUCAUCGCUCUGAGAGGAAUGUUCCUACUCACGGGCCGUUAUCAAGACGCGCGCUUCCAUAUACUAGGAUUCGCUGCUUGUUUAAGACACGGUCUGAUACCUAAUUUAUUGGACGGAGGUCGCAACGCUAGAUUCAACUGUCGCGAUGCGGUGUGGUGGUGGCUGCAGAGCAUCAAACAGUACUGCACGGAGGCCCCUCAAGGCUACUCUAUCCUGACGGACCCGGUGUCUCGUAUAUUCCCCAAAGACGACAGUGAGCCUGCACCCCCAGGGGCUGCGGACCAACCGCUGCAUGACGUUAUGCAGGAAGCCUUGGACGUUCACUUUCAGGGUCUCGUCUUUCGUGAGCGCAACGCCGGCCGACAGAUAGACGCACACAUGUCCGACAAGGGUUUCAACAUCCAGAUCGGCGUGGACCCCGAGACCGGGUUCCCGUUCGGAGGAAACGAAGCCAAUUGCGGGACGUGGAUGGAUAAGAUGGGUUCGUCGGAGACGGCCGGCACGCGGGGGAAGCCCGCCACGCCGCGCGACGGCAGCGCGGUGGAGCUCGUCGCGAUGGCGUACAGCGUCGCGUCCUGGCUGGCGGCACAGCAUCGCUCCGCUAAGUAUCCGUACCCGGGCGUGGCGAGGCGGCACCGAGACGGAUCCCUCACCGCCUGGACGUACUCCCAGUGGGCGGAUCGAAUACGACGCUCCUUCGAACGACACUUCUGGGUCCCGGCCGCGCCCUCGGCCGCCGACCAGCGCCCAGACCUCGUGCACCGCCGCGCCAUCUACAAGGACACGCACGGCGCCUCGCAGCCCUGGGCCGACUAUCAACUGCGCUGCAACUACGUCGUCGCCAUGGCUUUGGCGCCAGAAUUGUUCGACCCGCGACACGCCUGGCUCGCCCUGGACAAUGUCGAGAAACUGCUGGUCGGGCCUCUCGGUCUCAAAACCCUCGACCCCGAGGACUGGGCCUACCGUCCCAACUACGACAACUCGGACAACAGCUCGGACCCGAGCGUUGCACACGGCUUCAACUACCACCAGGGCCCGGAGUGGACGUGGCCGCUCGGCUUCUACCUCAGAGCGCGGCUCGCCUUCGCUCACGACAACGGUCAGUUCUCCAAGACCGUGGCGGCGGCAUACGCGGCCCUCGCCCCGCUUGUGGCAGAGAUGCGCUCGUCCCCGUGGCGCGGCCUGCCCGAGCUGUCCAAUGCCGGAGGCGCAUUCUGUAAGGACUCGUGUCGCACCCAGGCCUGGAGUUCGUCCUGCAUGCUAGAGGUGCUCCAUGAUCUCGAGCUGUCGCGCCGAGCUCGACCGCUCCCUCUCGACUGAC